UGUGGUACUCGCUGUCUCAUUUCACAUGGAUCUUCUGUAAGAAUACCCGGCCUUUCUUUGCGAUAGAAAAUUUACUGAAGAAUGUCUUUUGCUGAUGAGGAACAAUUGAAUUCCCAGGUUCCGCAAUCUGGGCAUGAUGAAAAUGGGGGACAAGGUCUUGGCCCUUCCGAUGAAGGGAUCAUCGAAACCAACUGGGAUAAGAUGGUUGAUAGCUUUGACAACAUGGGACUGAAAGACUCUCUCCUCAGGGGUAUCUAUGCUUAUGGUUUUGAGAAACCAUCUGCAAUUCAACAGAGGGCAAUCAUGCCUUGCUGUGAAGGAAAGGAUGUUAUUGCCCAAGCUCAGUCUGGAACUGGAAAGACUGCAACUUUUGCGAUCUCUAUCCUGCAGCAGUUUGACCCGAACAUAAAAGGGUGCCAAUCUCUUGUCCUCGCCCCAACCAGAGAGUUGGCCAACCAGAUCAACAAGGUAGUUAUAGCCCUUGGUGACUACCUCCAAGUGAAGAGCCGCGCUUGUAUCGGAGGCACCAGUGUCCGUGAGGACAUGGCUGCUCUUGAAGGAGGCGUCAACGUAGUGGUAGGCACUCCUGGAAGGGUGUUUGACAUGAUCCAGAGGAAUUACCUUUCGCCAAAUAACAUCCGCAUGUUUGUAUUGGACGAAGCUGAUGAGAUGUUGUCGAGGGGAUUCAAAGACCAGAUCUACAAUGUCUUCAGCAAGCUCCCAACUGAAGUACAGGUUGUACUUUUAUCUGCCACAAUGCCCGCUGAUGUGCUGGAAGUCACCAAGAAGUUCAUGAGGGAUCCUAUCCGCAUCUUGGUGAAGAAGGAAGAACUGAGUUUGGAUGGUAUCAGGCAGUUCUACAUCUCUGUUGAGAAGGAGGAGUGGAAACUGGACACGCUGUGUGACUUGUACGAGACCUUGACCAUCACACAAGCAGUUAUCUUCUGCAACACGAGAAGGAAAGUAGAUUGGCUCCACGGAAAGAUGCAUGAGAAAGAUUUCACUGUCUCCAUCAUGCACGGAGACAUGGACCAGAAGGAGCGAGACAGAAUCAUGAAGGAGUUCCGCACAGGCUCUAGCCGUGUGCUCAUCUGCACUGACCUGCUGGCUCGUGGAAUCGACGUCCAGCAAGUUUCACUUGUUAUCAACUAUGACCUCCCUACCAACAGGGAAAACUACAUCCACAGGAUUGGCCGUGGAGGCCGUUUCGGUCGCAAAGGUGUGGCCAUCAACUUUGUUCCAACAGAAGAUGAACGCAAUCUUAAGGAUAUUCAGCAAUUCUACAAUACUCAGGUAGAUGAGAUGCCUAGCAAUGUUGCCGAUCUGAUUUAGAGGAUAGAGAGGAGACCCGUCAAAUUUGUUUGUUCUUCAUAGCGAUAUCAAUGCGAUUCUACUGAUGCGACUGAUGACAGUGAUGAUGAUGAUGCGAUACUAGCGAUGUUCUGAUAUUGGAAUACCCUUUUAUCAAACUUUUUUGACGGAUAUCUUGGAAAUGUGAAAAAACUGACUAACUGAACAGCAUUCCUCAACGUAUCUUGGAAAGAGAUUUAUAUCUCUUUCAAUUCUUUUUUGAUAUUUGU